AACACUUUCCGCCUCCCCCACAAACGCCACAUUUGCCAUACGCUCUCACUUGCUGCCACUUCGUGCAUUCGCGCUCCGACUCAGAUGAAACGCCUUGUGGCGAUAGCUCUAUGGCCUAUGAUUUCCAACUCGCAGGCAUCGACAGGACCGACAAGAAUUUUGCCUCGCAGUUACUGAUUUUAGUUGGAAGGUGAGGUUUUAAUUUUUUAACCGAACGCCGAGCAAGACAAAAGUGCAAAAAGUAUUUUUUACCAAAUACAAAUUACAAGAAAAACCCAUAAAAAAUCAAACAAAAUAAACCUCAAAAGCAGGCAACUGUAAUAAAACGCGUUUUUUUUAAUGAAAUCUUUUUUCUUUCGUUUUAAAAAAUCAAAGCGUGUGUUUGUGUGCCGAAAAGUAGUGUUGUUGAUUGAUUGCUAGCCGAGUGUUUCACACAAUUAAGCAGUGUGCAAUCCAUAUUUACAUAGAAUAAAAAUAUUACAAAAUUUUGCCAAAAACGAAAGAACAACGUAAACGUGCACGAGAGAGGGCACAGGUGCGCGAGGCGUGUGUGUGAAAAAGUAACGGUGCGUACGCUUCCGUUUCGCAAUUCGCAUAUUUAACGCCAUUGAAUACGGAAAACGUGCUUCCAACCAGAGCCCCACAAUCAUAGCGCACACACGGCAGCUCGGGAGCAGCCCAACGCAGCAGCGUACGCCAAUAUACACAGCGACCGCAGUGCCAAGUUGUGCGUGCCGGCCAGGGCGUGCAGUGCUCGACGUUAUCACUAGUGGCGCAUACGCGUGCUUCCUGUGUGUGUUUCUGCCUGCCAGCGCAAGUGCUGCGGCCUGUGCUCGGCGGCGAGUGGCGUUUGCGGAACCACUGAACGCUUAAAACAUAUUGAGAUUACGGUUUGAUGUGCAUGAUUCAACAGCUGCCAAUAUGAGGUCCUUAUCAAAUGCUGGUGCUGAUAUUCUAACAAAACACUCGAUUAAUUCGUUGCUGGAACAACGCCAAGAUUUCCUAAGUAGACGAAAUGAGACUGCUGAUGAGCUAAUAACACCUUUAAAUGAACCUCCGAUUGCCAUUAAUGAUUUCCUUGGCUUUGGCAAAUCGAGCACAAAUCCGUUGCUGUUGGGCACCAAUGGGGACACGCUGUCUACAUCGAUGGCCGCCUACACGCCAUUAACACCGAGUUCAUCGCAAUCCUCUGCCUCGCCCGGUACCCUGUCAGCGAAUUCUUUUGAUAUCUUUCAGUUUGAAAAUGUUGCACAAAAUAACACACCACUUAAGGUAUUUCAAAGAAACAUCAGCUUCGAUUGUUCUGCACCUUUAUCGCCAAGUACGCCCACCACUAUUUACAAUCGCUCUUUUCUCAAUUCACCUUUAGUCAGCGAUGGCAGCAACUCAUCGAGCGCCAAUGGUCUAUCGGUUGAUUCGAUACCGUUGAUGUAUCAAAAUAAUUUCGUGGGCAACGGCAUUGGUGGUUGUCUCUCGAAUAGUCGCUCGAACUCGCCGGAGAGUCAGAACAGCAAUCAAUCCAAUGUGGAGCACAAUUUGAUAGAUAUGAUCAACCUGCUCUCUGUGGCAGACAAUAAUGACUCGCAAAUGGCACUGCAACAGCAGCAGCAACUGUCAUCGCAAUUGUCGCAACAACAACUAACACAGCUGUCAACGCAGCCGCAACAGCUGCCAUCAUCACUGCAUUUCGAGCAGUCAUUGCCGUUCGGGCAACAACAGCAGCAGCAAACAUCUACUACCUCUCUGGGCAAUCUGGGGAAUGGCAAUAACGGUAUGUCGAGCUUUACCACAAAUCUCUUCGACGAACAGCAAUUGCAGAACUUCGAUGCACUCACCGCUGUCGAUUUGGAACUGUCAAAGCUGCAAAAUAUGCAGGCAUUCAACACGCUCAAGCUAUUGCAGGCACAGUCGCAACAGGUGCCACUGCUCAAUCACUUGCUGCAGGGCUAUAGCAAUGGCAUGAACCAGUUCAAGGGCUUGCCACAGCCACAAGCGCUACCGCAGUCGGCCGCCGCCGCAGAUGCGCAUUUGGACCGCGUUGCAAAGUUCUAUCGCAGUUCGGCCGCACUCUAUGAUGCCACUUGCACUUGGAGCGGGCAGUUGCCGCCGCGUUCGCACCGCAUGUUAAAUUACUCGCCUAAAGUGUUUCUCGGCGGCAUACCCUGGGACAUAAGCGAACAAUCGCUGAUACAGAUAUUCAAGCCAUUUGGACAAAUUAGAGUCGAGUGGCCCGGCAAAGAGCAACAAGCGGCGCAACCGAAAGGUUAUGUCUACAUAAUCUUUGAAUCCGACAAACAAGUGAAGGCUCUACUAUCCGCCUGCGUUUUACAAGUCGAUGACUCACAGAGUGGUGGGAUUUAUUACUUCAAGAUUUCUUCUCGACGUAUCAAAGCCAAGGACGUUGAGGUCAUUCCUUGGAUUAUCGCCGAUUCAAAUUUUGUCAAGUCUACGUCGCAGAAAUUAGAUCCAACCAAAACCGUAUUUGUAGGCGCAUUGCAUGGCAAGCUCACCGCAGAGGGCCUCGCAAAGAUAAUGGAUGACCUCUUCGAUGGCGUGCUAUAUGCAGGUAUUGAUACCGACAAAUACAAGUAUCCCAUUGGUUCCGGACGCGUUACUUUCAACAACAAUCGCUCGUACAUGAAGGCGGUUUCGGCGGCAUUUAUCGAAAUACGCACGUCUAAGUUCACAAAAAAAGUGCAGGUGGAUCCAUAUCUCGAAGACUCGCUCUGCUCUAUCUGUGGUGUGCAGCAUGGACCUUACUUCUGUCGCGAAUUGUCGUGCUUUAGAUACUUUUGUCGCGCCUGCUGGCAGUGGCAACAUUCCUCCGACGGCGUCAAGAAUCAUAAGCCGCUCACGAGAAACUCCAAGUCGCAAAUGUUAGUGGGGAUUGGGCCGGCGUCCUCCACAGCUUCCUUGUCUUCCUUGAGCUCGACACCACAGCCACAGCAACAACAACAACAACCGCAAUUGCACUCGCAGCAUACGCCACCACAAUCGCAACAACAUCAACAUCAGCAGCAACAGGCGCAUGCUCAUCAGAAUCAUCUGAAUGGUGGCGGCUUUCAGUUGGAGCAUGCGCAGCAACAACAAACCAACUCUCACAUGCAGCGCUUGAAUCAAUUGCAGCAGCAGCAACAUCAGCAUCAACAACAAC